UCCGAAGAUGGAGGAAGAGGAAAGCGGGCUUAGCCUUAGCUACAGCUCCGCCGCCUUCGUUUCCAGGACCAGCUGCGGGGCGCAAACACACGACCGCUAAGCCCGGGAAAGCGGGGAGAGAAGGAAGCGGCGCCUUGGCGAAACCAACCCCGGGAGGGAGGAUGGUGGCGUCGUUUCCCUGCACGCCCCGCUGAGCACUGCACUUUGAUUAUGGAAGUGGAGGCUAUUGAUGGAUACCUGCCCUCAAAUUCCAUAAAGCGGGAAAUGCAAAGCGAUGAUGAGGAUUCUAGCAGAAAGCAUCUAAAGCGGGAAGAUGGGAUCAUUGGGCAGGAUGAAGGGAGCAGUUUAGAAGAGCCCCUGAUUGAAAACCAGGAGAUUGGGGAAAACAGAAAAAUGCAGGAGCUGUCAGGCGAGGGAGGAAUCCGGCUUCCGAAUGGUAAACUGAAAUGUGACGUCUGUGGCAUGGUUUGCAUUGGGCCCAAUGUGCUUAUGGUACAUAAAAGGAGUCACACUGGUGAGCGUCCCUUUCACUGUAAUCAGUGUGGAGCUUCCUUCACCCAAAAGGGGAACCUACUGAGGCACAUCAAAUUACACUCCGGGGAAAAACCAUUCAAAUGUCCCUUUUGUAGCUAUGCCUGCCGAAGAAGGGAUGCUCUCACAGGACACCUCAGGACACAUUCUGUAGGUAAACCUCAUAAAUGUAACUACUGUGGACGAAGCUACAAACAGCGCAGUUCUUUGGAGGAACACAAGGAACGCUGUCACAACUACCUUCAAAAUGUCACCAUAGAGGCCGCGGGGCAAGUGAUAAGUCAUCAUGUCUCUGCUAUGGAAGAUUGUAAGGAGCAAGAAGCUGGGAUGGACAACAAUGUUACUCUGGUGCCUUUUGAAAGACCUGCUGUUAUAGAGAAGCUGACAAGCAACCUGGGGAAGCGUAAAAACUCCACCCCACAGAAGUUUGUGGGUGAGAAGCUCAUGAGAUAUGGUUAUCCAGAUAUUCAUUUUGAUCCAAGCUUACCAUAUGAGAGAGAUGCUGAGCUGAUGCAAACUCACAUGAUGGACCAAGCAAUCAACAAUGCAAUCUCCUACCUUGGGGCAGAGGGACUUCACCCAUUGAUGCAUCACACUCCAAGCACAAUUGCUGAUGUGGCACCUGUCAUAAAUUCAGCUUACGCUCAAGUCUACAAUCCCAGCAGGAUAGAAAGACCAGUAAGCAGAGGAACCACUGACAGCAAUGACAAUAACAUGGAUGGCCCUCUCUCCCUCAUCAGACCAAAGAGUCACCCCCAAGAAAGAGAGGCUUCGCCUAGCAAUAGCUGCCUCGAUUCCUCUGACUCGGAGAGCAGCCACGAAGACCACCAGUCCUUUCAAGGAAACCUUGCCUUAAAUCCCAAGCAAAAGCAAAGCCCAGCUUACAUGAAGGACGACUCCAAGGCUUUGGAGAUCAGUAAAGCAUCAAAGAGCUCUCUAAAGGAUAUCUAUAAGGUCUUCAAUGGAGAAGGAGAGCAGAUAAGGGCAUUUAAGUGUGAACACUGUCGAAUUCUUUUCCUAGACCAUGUCAUGUACACCAUCCAUAUGGGGUGUCAUGGCUACCGGGACCCUCUAGAAUGCAACAUUUGUGGAUACCGGAGUCAGGACCGUUACGAGUUCUCUUCCCACAUUGUCCGAGGAGAACAUACAUUCCACUAAGCCUUCUUUCCCAAAGGAGACACUGAAGUAGAAAAACAAAUACUGCACAUGAAGAAAUACUGCACUUGCAAGCCCACUUUUCCUCAGAUGUUGACACAGCUCUUCUCGUUGGUUCUCUUCCUUGCAGCUAUUUUUAAUUAUUGUUAUUUGUGUUGUUGCUGUUUUGGGGAUCCAGUCUCACCUCACCACCAGUGGUGAGGUGAGAAGGAAGGGAAGGAGGGACCAGAGAGUAGUUUGGCUUUUUAUUUUUGCUAUGAAAAUGGGUGUUGCCCUUUCCUAGUGGAAAGCGAAAGGGAGUUCAUUUCUGUCACAAUUUCCAUAUAGUUUUUCACAUGCUGAACUCAGCAAGGUGCUCUGACGUCUUAGCAAAUUGCCAUUUGGGGAGAAAAUAAUAAUUUCAAAAGAAUAAAUCUCCUUUAAAUCUGUAGCUAAAGUUUUGUUCAGGAUGAGAGAUGAAAUUCUUAUUCUAGCAAAAGGGGUAUUAUGCUUAGGGACAGGGAGAGGUUUCACUUAAGACUAAAUAUAUUCUAUAGAUUUAGGAGCACCAGUAAAUAUCAAGGUUUGCUUGGAAGUUAUUUCCUGAGGUGAGGUUCUUUCUUUUAAGGUAUUGGUUGUCUGGAAUGUAAAUGAAUUGUUUAUAUCUAAAUACUAAAUCACGUAACUGAGAUUUGAUUGUUCACAGGAUGUGACAGCCUUCAGGAAAUCUGAAAACAUGAAACGUUAUUUUACUUAUCCUGAUAUGCACUUUUAAAAAAGAAAGCAAAUUGCUAGGAUGCUUUUAUGUCAUUCAUUUCCAAGCUCCCUAUAGGUCUGUGUGUGUUUUAAAGAUGUUUGGUUGAUUAACAAUUGGGUAUGUUUACUCAAAAGUAAGCUUCACUUCGUUCAGAAGGAGUUUCUUUCCUAGUAAAUAUUCUUAGCUUAGAAAUACAGAUAUGAAUAUUUAUCUAGCAGGUUUUGCUGCUUUAGAGUCUCAAAUACGCUCAUUGCAAAUGCAUUUGAACUCUGAAAUACUUAUAUUUUUCAUUUUUGGGGGGUGGUAUGAAACAUUAAGAAACUGAAUAAACUAAGGCAGUGUUUCUCAACCUUGGC